AUUUUACUGGUAGAUUAUUAGAUUAUAACGUAUUGUACUUGGUACUUGGAAAGAUUAUAAGAUUUCAGCCAUUAGCCUACAGACAUAAAUAAUUUAGCAGAAUCUCAGUUGCAAAGAAUGCAUAACACCGCUGUUAUAUUUAGACCAAUCAGCUGACAGCCACAAAUCAGCUGAUUCUUUGCAACCUCGAAUAAGGCCGAGAACAUCGACCGUCUGACGUCUCGACGUCAUUCCUGGCAGAGAGGGGAAAAUAACAAAACAAAGCUAUUGUCCUUACAUAAUGUGUAAAUAUUAAGUAUUUGUCCUGAUUUGUUUCCUAUUUACCCUUGGUACAUGUUUUUAAAGGUUAUAAUGACAAUAAAAUGCAACCAAAACGAUUUAACAGAAAAAGAACCAAAAUUUACUCCCUUACUCUAUUUUCUCCUUUCACUGCGUACUUGCUGGCAGCUCGCCAAGGCAAGCCGAACAUUUGUUUAUUUUAGCUUUCCCGCGUCUUGCCAACGGAACUACUUUUUAUCAUUGAUUCCGCAAGUAUCCGCGAUGUAAAAUAAACCAGCAUGUUUUAGCCAUUUAUUUUGUAACGGAGCCCCAAAAGUGUUUCACUUAACUUUUUUGAGUAGUAAAUAUUAAUAUAGAAAAUGUUUGGUACCAUUGUAAUCCUUAACUUUCCCCUAAUUUCGUUUUUGUACUGUCAUGGGUUACUAGUUGCUGAUGUGAAUUGACCAACAGCUGUUUCCCGCCAAUUAUUACUCAUUCUACCCCAGCUUACGUCGGGAGUUGUACACGUCGGUCUUCGCAAUCGUAAACAAACUUGUUUUUCCGUAAAAACAAUCGUUGAAAUUUGUUGGAAGUGUAUUUCAUGAUGUCAGUGGAUAUAAGGAACAGUGAAAGACGACGCUUUUCUGAAUUGGAGGCAAGGGAGAAAGAAAUUGCUGCAGGACUCGUCAACAGAGUAUCCCCGCCUGUGUCACCAAAGGCUCAACAGGAAAAUGAAAAAAGAAUGAGGAGGGAAAUAGCCAACAGUAAUGAGCGAAGACGCAUGCAAUGCAUCAAUGCUGGAUUCUCUUCCUUGAGGGCACUCAUUCCUCAGUUGGAGGGAGAAAAAUUGAGCAAGGCGGCCAUCCUCCAGCACACCACGGAGUACAUCACGUCCCUGGAAAAGGAUAAGACCCGCAUGCAGCUCCAGGUGGAGCAUCUGAAGCAUGUGCUGGCUGAGCUGGGCCAGGAACGGGUCGUGACUGACCCCUACAUCUCCAGCUCUCCGCCGCCCAGCAAGCGAAAAAAGCGAGAUACAGCAGAAUCCUCGGAUGAAGGAGUUGGGUCAUUAUCGGAUGGCUCUGAUGAAGGAGGCACAGAGCUACGCCAGGAGAAUGUGGCUUUGCAGCACCAACUGGAGGUAGAACGACAGCGGUGUGCCAGUCUGGAGGAGCAUAAUCGUCGGCUGGAGGAUCAGCUGUACUCACUGCUGCAGAGGCAAUCGGCUCAGGCAAUAAGGGAGCUGCAGCCUGUGAAGCUAGAAGCCGCCCACUCUCUGACGCCACACGAGCCAAUGUACAGCAGGGAGGUGGUUGAAGUAAUUGCUUCCCGGGAUGUCAGACCACCAUCUCCUCCCCCUCGUCCACUCUCGCCCACCCCAGAGAGAGGGAUGGCUAUGGACAUAUCAACACCUCCAAUGGACACGUCAAGGCACGAGCAUUCGCCGCCCGCAGCGCCCUCUCCCAUCAAACCUCUCCCCAUUCAAAGUCCAGCUCUGGAUAGUAAUAACAGUAGUGUGGGAGGUCUUGUUCAGCCCACGGUGGGAGGUCUUGUGCAGCCCGCCGCUAGGGUCAAUCCCCCGAGUGUGCCAGAGGGUCGCGUUCCUCAUCAUCAUAAUUACUGCCAUCGGGACCACCCUCGUCGUCGCCAUCGCCAUCAGGCGCAGUUGGAGCAGCAGCAGGCUGAAGAAGAGCUACGGCUUCAACAACAGCAGAAGCAACAGCUACAACAACAGCAGCAGCAGAGUCAGCAGGCGGUGCCGGCUCAGAGCUUAGAAAAUCUAGUAGAGGCUAUCCGUCAGAUUGAAGGGGAUGGUGUGUUGUGUCAGAUGGAGGGAGAGCGUAUGGUGUGCGACGAGAGAAAGCUGUACGAAGAGGAGCAGAGACUUUACACUAAACGCCAGUCCAUACCCACGACGGAGGAGAGUGAGCGGGAAACGAGCAGCAUUAGUGACAUGGACGAGUUCAAAUCGGAGGGUUCUGGACGGGACUCCCCCAUUCAACACCAUCACCAUCAUAUGGUUCACCUGAAACAGCAGCAGCAGCAACCAGUCAUCAUGUCCAGUCAGCCUCCUCCCCCUCCCCCUCUCAGCACCACCAACUCCAGCAGCAUCCACAACUCUGGCUCCAGCAGUUUCUCGGAGAAGUACCCCAUCGCUAGCCACCUCCUACACAGGCCCCUCCACCCAUCAUUCUACAACAGGCCUGGAGUCAUCGUUCACAAGCAGUAGCUUUGCAACAACAUUUACACACUCUGGGGCAAGUCAGGACUUCAUUGUCAUAUUUCUCUCUCCUUACACUGGAAACAACUCACGCUCUUGACUUUGGAUUUUAGAAGGAAAGGAUUAGGAGCUCUGACAACUUUGUUUACCACCCCUCUUAUAUAAUGUAGUAACUUUGGAUCGCACUUAAGAAUUUAUCUACACAGAAAGGCAUUACUUUUAAAAAAUCAAGAAUUACUCUGCUUUUUGCUCAGAAGGAUUAUGCAUUUUCUUUCGUUUUGUGCAAGGGAUAAUUCACAUCAAACUUUGAAGGGAAAAAAGGAUCGUCAGCUUCGGUACACUGGACUCUCGUCAUUGCAAGCAUUUGCGCAGCUUUGGAUUGUUUUGUCUUGGAUUAAUUUUAAUUUUUUUUUCAAUUUUAUGAUGAGCGACACAUAGAUAUGUGUGCUUGGCUGUAAAGGAAAGACAUCACAUGUCACUAAAGGUGAAGUAUUAAUGAUUAUGGAAUUUUUUAAAUUUUUUUUUCAGUUCUGCUUUUAAUUUUGUAAAAAAUCGAUUUUUCUUUUAUUGUAAAUACUGAUGUUUUGAAUGAUGAAGUGAGUUUUUGCCACUUUCAAAAUUGUGUUGAACACAAGUGAUACUAUUCUGUUAAGGUUCCUGUUAUUUUUUAUUUUUUUUAAAUUUGUGUCCAAAAUGUUCUCUGAAAAUUGGUGGGGGAAAAAAUGUAUAUAAAUGGUAAUCUUUGAACUACAGAGCACUUUUCAAAUAUGUAAGUAGGGCAUUUGUCCUUGCUUUUUAUGGUAUCUACUGUCAAAGGUGGGAAUAAGAACAGAAUCUAUCGUUUGAAAUGCUAACUGCUUGAAAGAAUUUUAACACAAACAAGGAAGUUGUUGAGAUGUUAAGUAUAUCUAGUCCUUUUUUAUUUUUAUUUUUUAAAUUUUAUUUUUACUUAUUUGUUGGGUUUUUUUCUGCUUAUAAAGUUUUAGAACAUCAUUUAGUUGUCACGACUCAUGAGUUGAGAUAUGUAGUAUUGGUUAGGUUUGGUUUGUUUUACUUCCAUUGGUGGUAAACUUAAAUGUGACAAGGUUAAGAAUGAGAAUGAGUUAAAGUAUUUGUCAAGUGAGAAGAGAGUUGCCUUUGUUCAUUCCCUCUUCAAUCUUAACUGGAGUUCUCCAAUUUCAUUCAACAUAACUCGUUGCCUAUUUCACGUAUUUAAUACCAUAAGCGUCAUUAUGCAUUGUAAUAUUACUCAGUAAAUUAUUUAUUGCUUAUGCAUUUUACGGAUUGCAUGAGCCUUCAUAUCUCAUAUUAUUUUCUCAUAUUCUUCAUUCAUAUUUUUUAAAACAUGUUCACUGUUAAGAAGCCAAAAUCUGGUUUAUCAUUAUGUAGGAAACAUACAUAAAUGGUAAUCUAUUUUUAUACAAAAUGUCAGACAAAAAAAAUUCAAAAAAAGAUGAUGUACAUAGUUUUGUUAUUUAUUCCCUAUUUUGUUGUUAUUUCUUUUUUUUGUUUUUUGGAAUGUUGAGAUUGAAUGUUUAAUUGAUUAGGGGGAGCACCCCUGUUGCCUAUUUAUUAUUACUUUGAAUUUCAGAGUAGAUUCCUGCAUCAACAGAAGUGCCAACUCCUUUUGUUGUUGUUGUCAGGAGUUUUAGUGACUUUCAAAGGAAAGGAAAAAUUUGACUGACGUUAAGCUAGCUUUCUCUCCCCCUUUUUCUGCUCCCUCCCUUUCCUCCAAACACCACCACCCCCUUCUUUCUCUCUGUCUCUUUUUUUUUUUCUUUUUCUCCCUCCCCCCACCCUCUCCUUACCUUUUUCCACUCGUCUUUUUUUUCUCUUUCUCGUUUAAUCUGCUAAGAACUCUGUUGAUACAGGAAUUUGUCAAGAUACGGUUCAUCUGUUUUUGUGUGGUUUCCUUCCUUUCUAACUAAUACCAGUUACUAAUGGAGAUUCUUAAAAAGGUUGAACAUUUAUUAGAAACCGUGACUACGUCACAGAAACUCGCAAAGACCUGUUACUGUUUCUUUGAGAUACUUCAGUGACUUUUAUGACAUUUUACAAAGAUCAAAUGCCUCUGGUGACUGAUUAUGUGGUAUUCAUAUUGAAUGGUUGGACUGCGAGAAACAUUUUGCAUUAUUUUAUAAUUUUUCCAAGGGAUACAGAAAAGGACCUAAUUUACACUUUUUUGUGUACAAUUGUCAUGCAAUAGGCUUGCAUGUGCAAUUAACAUUUGUUGACUGUACUUGUGGUGUAUGUCUCAGCCGAUAUGAAAACAAUCUGUGUGGUUUGUUCUGCGGUGGUUAGUGGUGCUGGUUGGUGAGGUGGGCCAGAGUCGCAUACGGCUCUGGCCAAAGGCGAUGCACACAGCAAUGCAAAGCACUUGUAUCCAGUUUGUCCUUUGUCUGGCAGCUCUUUGCUCGCCAGCAGUUACAACUGAUAUGAAUUGUGCUCACCCUGUUUCUGUGUUGUAGCUUAUCUGUUUUAAUUCUUCAGAAAAUAUUAGCUUUAUUUUUGCUGUUAACUUAAAUAUUGAACUUUAGCGAACAAGAGGUUGGGUUGAUUUUUUUCCCCCCUAAAUAGACACAUUUGAUUUGAUUGGACUUGUUUUUAAAAUAUCAAAAUUGACAUCGAAACUCCUGGUUUUGUUACAGUUGAUAAUUUAAUGUACUUUCUGCAGUGACUUCCAAGUUUUGUCAUUUUAAAAUUGUUUUUUUUCCUUUUUUUUUUUUUUUAACAUGUAAAGUUUCUGGAAUGUUUGAUGUCAGCUUAUAGAUGUUAACUGUUAAGCUGUGAGCGGUCUGAACAUACAGCUUUUGUCAUUGAACUUGGAAUGUGUUUAUGCGACAUAUACAGCUUGUUGCGCUUGUGUACUGGAAAUAACUGAGAAGUAGUGCGAAGAUGGUGAACGACUGCCACGUUUAUUUCUGUAUUCAGGAUUCCUUUAUACUUUUUGUUUGGACUUGUAUUUUUUGUUCUGUUUAUGUGAUUUGUGCUUCAUGUGUUCAUGUAUCUAUGUGAUAGAUAACUUUUGUCAAAACUGCCUUCUUUUAAGGUGGAAUUUUUUUUCCCUUCUUGCCUUCAUUACGAUUCACAAGAUUUUACAGUACUAGAAAAAAUAAGAAAUGAAAGAGCUACUUAAAAAUGAAAAAAGAAAGUUGUUUUGAGGCAUUAUAUUCAUUAUAGUAGUUCUUGUUAGCAAUUCUGAAUCUUCACCAUUCAAAAGCCAAGCACCUUCAGAUGCUUGUUGAUGGUGGUGUAGGGGAGGAUGUCUAUUAAGCUUGUGAGUCUCUUUCUCCCUUUAUCCUGCUUCUCUCCGCCUUAUUGUCGAGGUCUAGUUUGUAAAUACUGUACAAUGCUAAGAGAUGAGUUCUCUGUCAGUCUGGUAGCCUAAUGCUUACGAGUGUCAAAAAACUAUUUUCUUUUUUUAAUAUACCCUCUCCUCGCUGCCUCACUGGUAUUUUAACAUGCUGAGUGGCUUUGGUUUUUAAAAAAAGGACCAGUCCAACUAUUUUUAUUGAUCUAUUGACUGAAUUUAGUGUCAACAAAUUUGCUCUGUUAUUACGAAUGUAUAAAAUUUUAAUGUACUUUGUUUUCUUUGUGAAUCAAACAAGGCAAGAGGGAAAAUAUUUCGGCUAUUUCCCUGUUUUUAUUUCAGCGAUAAGGGUGUUCUAUUUUGGGGAAGUAAUUUUUUUUCCAAAGGGGGAUGUCAGUUGCUUUGUUUUGAAUUGGAUUUCAGACAAAUUCUCUGCAAAUUUGUUCUUGCUUUAGAAGUUCGGAAGCCAUGCUUGUGGAUGAACAAAUAAAUUGUUCCUCUUAAUCUGUA